GAAUUAAACUUUUAUAUUUGUGUUUUAUUUCUAUUAUUUUAUUUAUAACUAAGCUAUGGACGAUCCAGUAUUUAAACAAAAGUAUCAAAAAUAUAAACUUCGUGUAAAACUAUGGGAAAAAGACUUCAAAAAGAAACAUGGCAGAGUACCGUCCAAAUACGAUAUACGAGAUGCUUCGCAGGAGAUAAGAGACUCCUAUAAAAUGUAUUACAAAUUGAAAACGUCUUUUUUGGAAGAUACUCUUAAUGAUGUCUUGUCCGAUGACGGUUUCGAUGUUUUUGAAAUGUCUCAAAGGGAUGGUGACAUGGAUGUUAGUCUAACAGAAAGCAUUAUUGGUGGACCACAGUUGCCCUUAGACAUAACAAACAUAGUAGAGCAACAACAUAAGUCGACUGAUUCCCAAGACAAUUGUAAUGCUUUCUCAAACAUACAAGAGUUACCAAACAGUUAUGCCUUGACAAACUUGGCAAACAAAAAUGAAAAUCACAUUUUAAAGGAAUUUGAGCCAGUCGAAAUAUUAUCGCUAAACGAAAAAGCCUGGGGGCCAAAAGUGACCAUGAAACCCGAAAUUGAAGAGAAAAAAGACCUGCCACGCAAAAGUCUUAAACCCAAUUUUAAAGAGAAAUUAUUUCAGAAUUCUUCAUUCUCCAAAAGGAAUCCCCGCAAAUCGUUAUCAAAAUCUGUCUUGGAUAAUUCUUCACGUGGUAGUCAAAAUAAUUUAAGCGAUAAUUUGAAUAAUAGCAACAGAGAAGUGUUACCAGAUUUAGAAACGAUUUUGCUACAAAAAGCCAAGGAGCAGCAAGCAGCUGCCAUGAUUGCGUCAAAUCCACUAUUAGCUGUGGAAAAGUCCAAGGAGAACAUUAAAACCCAAGUUGAUGAAGGAUGGCUGGAGCGAAAUGCUGCACAGAAUGGCAUCAAAAACAAAGUAACUCUAACGAAGAAAGUGGAGGAGAAUAAUAAUCAAAGCUCUUCCACUCCAAGUAGAAAGUCUGUCUACGGUCUGGCGAAUAUCGAUGUAUCUAAAUUCCAAGUAACUCCGAUGGACACAACUGUAAAAACACCAACCCCAACGCAUGAUGAUGCAACCACUAUCGAUGCAAACAUAAAUUUGGAAAUUGAUAAUCCUGAACCAUCACAUUUUCAAGAAAUGCCUUUGCAGCAGACCAAGAAAUCUCAUACGAAAACUUCUAAUAAAUCUCAAGAUUCCGAUUCGCACGAUUCUGUGGUAGACGAUAGCGAAGAAGAAAACGAACCUCAGGAAUAUCGUCAUAUAGUCAAAAGAAGAAGAGUGAUGGCAUCAACAUCACCCAAAACUGAGGAGAAAACAAACACUUAUCAAACUGACAGUGCCAAUGUGGAACAAGGUUUGGAAAGCACAGUUACACCAGAUCAUGAUGACAUGGAAAAAGAUUUCUCGGCCGACAGUGAAAAAGAUGAGGAUUAUGUACAGGAAAAACCUAUAGCAAAAAGAAAAAAAGCUGUAGCCAAAAGAAAAACUCUCGCUAAACCAAAGGCUUCUCCAAAAGGCAAGAAAACAAAAUCAUCUCCUAAAGAAAAUAUUGCCAAUAAAGCUCCUAAAGAGAAAAAACCUAAGGCAAACACCAGAGCUUCCAAACAGAAAGCGAUUAAAGAUGAAGAGUUGCCAGCUGAAGAAGAAUUGGAAGCCCGACCACUUAAUCCAGAAGAUCUUAAAUAUACUUUAGCGUUGGAAAGAGGUGACAUAACAUCGGUGCCACGCAUAAAACCAAAAGAUUUAGACAAGGCUGACAACAUAGCCCAAAUGUAUAUUAACACUGUAGCACCCAUGCCUGGCAUGGCCUCCAGACCAAUACCGGUAACAGCUGCUGAAGAAAAGAGAGCUGCCGCCAGACGUAAGUUAGAGGAAAAAAUUUCCACUGGUAAAUUGAAUGAAAAUUUCGUUACCAUCAACAUACAGAAGAAAACAUUUGUGCGAGGUAAAAAAUCUGUCAAUUAUUCCAAAUAUAAGAAAAAAAUAUGGAAACAUAAAAAACACAUUGCUGCGUUAUCCGGUCCCGAUAUGGAUAUGGGUGGUUGUGAUGGUGGCACUUUAAAAUGUUUCACUUGCGGUCAAGCUGGUCACUUUGCUCAGAAUUGUAAAGUAAAAGGAGAUUCUCUUUUGCCACUAACGGCUCAACUGGAGGAAGAUCCCUCACCGUUUCCAACGCUGGAGGAGGCCGAACGUAUGGCAAGCCAAUCUGCAGUGGCGGUUCAUAGUCGAAAUAUUGCUAAAAUGCCCCUGGCUGUUAAUGCUGCGAUAUACAAUCCAAUGGCACAGGAUGAUAGCGAUGAUGACGUUGAUAAUGAGAAUGAUGAUGAGGUUAAAGUCAGCACUGCAAACAGCGAUAUAGAAUGCAGUGGCGAUGACGAAAAUCGGCAUAAAGGCGACGAAGAAAUACUUAUGGAAACUGAUGAUGAAUUGGAAGACUUUGAUAUCGAAUCAGCAACUUUGGAAAGCCAAAAGAUAAUAUCGCCUAUUAAGAAAUAUGUGGGCUCUAAAAUACCGGAUGAAUUUCUAAAAUCGGCUGGCAUUGAUCCAAGUAAUCCAAACUCAAACAAUUCUAGUCAAUUCCCUGGCGUUGGUCCGUUGUAUGAUCUUAAUGCUGAUGGCAGUGUUAAAGAAGUAACGCCCGAAGUAUUAGAGGCCCUUAGAAUGUUUGGACAUACCGACUUCCGCAAGGGACAAGAUCGUGCUGUAAUGCGUAUAUUGUCGGGAAUGUCCACACUGGUGACGUUGUCCACUGGUAGUGGUAAAUCUUUGUGUUAUCAAUUGCCGGCUUACCUAUAUUCCAAGCAUAAGAAAUCCAUAACAUUGGUCAUCUCACCGUUGGUAUCCCUUAUGGAGGAUCAGGUAACGGGAGUGCCACAUUUUCUGCGCGCCCAUUGCUUGCACACCAAUCAGACUCCUCAGCAAAAGGUUAAAAUUAUGAAAAUGAUUGAAGACGGUGAAAUUGAUGUUUUGCUAGUGUCACCCGAAGCCGUAGUAGCAGGAGAACGUUCAACAGGCUUUGGUUCCAUAUUGAGACAAUUGCCACCGAUUGCUUUUGCCUGUAUAGACGAAGCUCAUUGUGUCUCGCAAUGGAGUCACAAUUUCCGUCCUAGUUAUUUGAUGAUUUGCAAAGUUCUCAAGCAGAAUUUGGGUGUGAAAUGUGUGUUGGGUUUAACUGCCACCGCCACUCUUCCCACCCGGUUGAGUAUCAUAAAUCAUUUGGGCAUAUUGGACGGCGAGAGUGGUAUAAUCAGUGAUAUACCUUUACCCGAUAAUUUAAUACUAUCCGUGUCAAAGGACGAGAAUCGUGAUUCUUCGCUGUUGCAAUUGCUAUUGAGCAAACGGUUUGAAGUCUGUCAAUCCAUUAUAAUCUACUGUACUCGGCGUGAUGAAUGUGAACGAAUAGCUGGGUAUUUACGUACUUGUUUGCUGGGCCAAAAAAAGCCCGAAUCAGAAAAUGUCAAAAAGAAACGUAAACGAGUCAAUUGGCACACAGAACCAUAUCAUGCUGGCAUGCCGGCUUCUAGAAGGCGCACCAUCCAGAAGGCAUUCAUGGGCAAUGAAUUGCGCAUAGUCGUUGCUACUAUAGCCUUUGGUAUGGGUAUCAACAAACCCGAUAUUCGUGCUGUCAUACAUUACAACAUGCCACGCAACUUUGAAAGCUAUGUACAAGAAGUGGGUCGUGCUGGUCGCGAUAACAAGAUCUCACAUUGUCAUCUCUUCUUGGAAGCCAACGGCGGUGAUAAAAAUGAGUUGAAGAGACAUAUAUAUGCCAAUUCCUUAGACCGUCAUGUUAUCCGGAAGUUACUGCAACAUAUCUUUGUGCCUUGCUCCUGUGAUAAAAACCUAAAAGAUGGGGUUCUGAAGUCUUCAGCUGGCGGAGACAAUGAGGUUACAACCAGAGUAGAAGUUGAUCCUUCAGAUUUUGGUGUUGAGGGGAACUCUAAGGCAAGAGCACAUAUAUGUCCGGGUCAUGAAAUUGGCUUUUCUAUUGAAAAAACAGUCGAAGCUUUAGACAUACCCGAGGAGAACAUAUCCACGCUAUUGUGCUACAUGGAAUUGGACAGCCGGUGGUGCAUAAAUGUUUUAAGCAAUGCCUACAUUAAAGCAAAAGUUAUAUCGUAUGGUGGACCAAAGUAUCUGAAACAUGCGGCCAAGGAAUGUCCUCCAUUGGCCAUGGCCAUUGCAAUGGAAAUUAAUAGUGGUUCGUUUAAGGAAGACGCAAAUAUUAUAGAAUUUUCUGUGAUUGAUGUAGCUGCGGCCAUCGGAUGGAAUAGUGGAGUCGUUAAGUAUCAAUUAAAAAACUUGGAAUGGGUACAAGUUAAUGGUUACUCCAAACGUUCACCAAUAACUGUCAACUUCUAUGAUUUGGGUUUCCGUAUUAAGGCUCCUGGUGAUUUUACUUCCGAGGAAAUUGAUGAUGCUCUGGAUACCCUCUAUAAUCGUUCCGUAAAGCAGGAACAGAAUCAACUAAUACAACUGCAAUAUGUUUUCCAAGGUUUAUCAUCUGUAGCUUACAAUUCCUAUGGACCCUGUUGUAACGAAACAUUUGGCCAUGAUCGUUCCGAUCAAUUAAAAGGCAUUAUACGUGAUUACUUCCGUAACGACUAUCCUAAAAACUUGAAAUUGGAAAUAGAUCCUUCAAAUAUUUCGGAUGCUGAAUUAGAAUCGGAUGUUAUAACCCUUAUAAAUAUGUAUCCUGAAAAUAAUUUUAGCGGUCGUAAUGUUGCCAGAAUCUUUCAUGGCAUUUCAAGUCCCAAUUAUCCAGCUGUGAUGUGGUAUCGUUGCAAAUUUUGGCGUGUUCAUUCGAAAACUGAUUUCAAUCGUAUUGUCCAAUUAGCCAAUAGUGUUAUUGUUAAACGACGCACUUAAAAUUCAGUAAAUUUGUUCAAUUAUAUCAUGUGUUAGUUAGUGUUGUCGAUUAUUUUAUUGUCUAAUAUUUGUGAA